GUUGUCAGGUUCCUAUAAGGUGUCAGGAUGUUGCUGUCUAUUUCUCCAUGGAGGAGUGGGAGUAUUUAGAAGAACACAAGGAUCUAUACAAGGACGUCAUGAUGGAGAAUCACCAGUCCAUCACAUCACCGGAUGGAUCCAGUCAGAGAAAUCCACCAGAGAGAUGUCCCAGUCCUCAGUAUUCCCAGGACUGUCCAGAGGAGAAACCAAAUAUCCCACUGGAUCAUCAGGAAAGUUCUGAUGGAACAAGUGGACUCGAAAAACCCCUUUCAGUGUCCGUGAAUGGUGAAGAGGAGAAGGAAGGCCCCCUUGAACAUCUCCUUUUAUCUUCCUAUCAUGAAGCAGAAGAUAACACCACACAAGACAAUUCAAUAACUCCUAAUGUACCCUCAGUCCUUCACAGCGGAGAUCUAUUCACUGAUACUGCAGGUCACAAGAAACCUUCAGCUAAUCAAUCACUGGUUGACAAACCAAGAACUGGACAAAGACCUGGAAAACAUCUGAAAAUGAAUUCUAAUCUUUCUUUGCAUAAGAGAAUUCAUGGAGAUGAAAAGUCAUUUUCAUGUCUGCAAUGUGGAAAAUGCUUUCAGUAUAAAGCUUCUCUUGAGAGACAUCAAAGAACUCACUCGGUAGAGAAGCCAUUUUCAUGUGAUCAAUGUGGGAAGUAUUUUGGUCAGAAAUCAAAUCUCAUUGAACAUCUAAGAAUUCACACAGGAGAGAAGCCAUUUUCAUGUCUUGAAUGUGGGAAAUGUUUUAGCAAGAAAUCAGUUCUUGUAAAACAUCAGAAAACUCACAGUGGGGUGAAGCCAUUUUCAUGUCCCGAAUGUGGGACAUGUUUUAGUCAAAGAUCAAAUCUUGUGGAACAUAUAAGACUUCACACAGGAGCUAAGCCUUUUUCAUGUUCAGAUUGUGGAAAAUGCUUUAGCAAGAAAUCAAGCCUUACAGAACAUUUAAGAAGCCACACAGGGGAGAAGCCAUUUUCAUGUUCAGAAUGUGAAAAGAGUUUUAGCCAGAAAUCAAAUCUUAUGAAGCAUCUAAGGGUUCACACAGGAGAGAAGCCAUUUUCGUGCUCAGAAUGUGGGAGAUGUUUUAGACAAAAAUCGGCUCUUGAUAAACAUCAGGAAACUCACUCAGGGGCAGAACCGUUUCUAUGUCCUCAAUGUGGGGAGGAAUUUAGUCAGAAAUCAAGUCUUGUGGAACAUCUAAGAAGUCACAGAGAGGAGUUGCCGUUAUCAUGUUCAGAAUGUGGCAAACAUUUUAGCAGGUAUUCAAAUCUUAUGGUGCAUCUAAGAACUCACACAGGAGAGAAGCCAUUUUCAUGUUCAGAAUGUGAAAAAUGUUUCAGCCACAAAUCAAGUCUUAUAAAGCAUCUAAGAACACACACACAGACAGAAAGCCAAGUACAUGUCCAGAAUGUGGGAAAUGUUUUACCUGCAAGUCAAGUUUUAUUUACCAUCUGAAAGCACACGCUGAGAAGAAGCCAUUUUUAUGUUCAUUCUGUGGGAAAAUGUUGUAGUAAGAAAUCAAACCUUGUGGAACAUCUUAGAAUACACACAAGUGAGAAGUGGAAAUGUUGAAAGUGUUUUAGCUUGAAAUUGGGUUUUAUAAAACAUCAGAGAACUCAUAGAGGAAAGAAGUAGAGAUGAGCGAAUUGACUUCG